UUAGAUCAUCUUCUCUUGGCAACAAUUCUUCAAUGAAUAAGUCAACUUCAAGGACUUCAUUAAAGGAGAUUGGAAAUAAAGAUGACUUAAUGGCGAAAUACUUAUCCAAGGCUGAUGAAUUUACAGCGCCACCUGGUGGUAGGGUAUUCAACAGUUAUAGCCAUGAGUCUGAUAUGAGUUUAAUAGCAGAGCAAUCUAUGAUAGAUGAGGAAUUCUACAAUGCUCAUCCUCUUGUGUCAGUGGAUGAAACAAUUGCAGAGAUUAGUCCCAUUGAAGCAGCCCCUGCUCAGCCUUUGUCUAAACUUCCCCAGAGAGUUCUCAUGUAUUCAGAGCCUAAACCAGUCUCUAUAAAUACUACUCCUGCUCAGGAAAUCAGUUCAGACACCUCCAAAUCUGAAACAAUUCAGAAGGAACUAAAAGGUAAAGAGGCACCAGUGAAAGAAAAGGAUUAUUCUGAUAAAGAGAAGGAAAAAUCCAGAUCAAAAAGUAAUAGGCAAAAUGAUGAAAAGUCAAUAAAAGAGAAAGAGAGUGGUAAAAUAAAAGACAAAAAGGGUUCAAAAAUGAAAGAGAAAGGGAAUGAAUCUGAAGCAUCACUUGUAACUGAUGGUAAAGUAAAAAGAAUGGAAAAUGAUAAAACACUUGAUGGAAAAGACAAUAACAUUGAUGGUGAUAUAAGUGCAUUUGGAUUUGGUGGAAACUUUGCGGCAGAUUUGGUAUCUGGGUCACCAAUUACUGCUGAGAAAAGGAGAGAAACGUUUGUUUUACAGAAACAGUCUUCUGAUCCAAAAGUUAAAACAAAAGAAAAGGAAAACAAGAGGAAAGAAACAUUUGUAAAGCCUCAAGCUUUUCCUGAAACAGGUACAAAGGGAAAGAAAAAUGUAGUUAAAACUAAUUCUGUUAAAAAUAGUAUGAAAGACAAUAAGAGUGUAAAACCAAAAUUUGAUACAACCUCAUCAAAGAUGAAACGUAGAGAAACCUAUGCUACAGAAAAUCCAUUUGUUCCAAAGAGUGCAAAUAUCCAGAGAAGUCCACAGAAGCCUUUGAAUGAAGAGGGAAUGGGUUAUGACACUGUAGAAAACCCUUUCAAGCCAACAAAAACUCUCCUUCGAAGUCCUGUUCACAUCAAUGUAGAAAGUGCUAGCCCUGAAAAGAAGGUUGACAGUUUAGCUUUUCUGGCAAGAUUUAGAGAAAGCCUUGAAAAAAGACCAGCAGAAAGUUCGCCUCUCCCGGAACCUAUAUUUUCUGAUGAACCUACAACUUAUUUCAAUUCAGAGAUGGAAUUCACCUCUGUAAUUGACAGCACUAAGCUGCUUCAAACUUUAAGAGGGUCAGAGAAAAAUAGCCCAAUAAAUCCAAUGGAGUCUAUAACAGACUCAGAUGACCACACUGAUUCAGCGAAUAGUAAAAGUGCUACAAGUUCAGCAACUGAAAAAGACACAAAGUCACAGCAUGAGUCAGUUGAAACUGCAGCAGUUGAAGUAAGAACAAAGAAACCAGGAGUGUUUACAUUUAGUGUUGGUCGCAAAGAAGCAGAUGGAUCUAGGAAACCUGUCCCAGAAAAGAUCAGCAAAGCCAGGUCUAAGAAAAAGAAAGCAGUAACACCAGAAAAGGAGGAGAGGAAGACUGGAUCUGAUAGAGAUAUGUUUAACUUUGGAGACAGAACCCCUACCAUGCCUCUAGAUAAACUCGCUGCUAAAACAAAAAAUGUUUAUGAUCUGUCAAUGAAUGAAAGUGUUGCAGCUGCUCCGGUGAGCUUUAACAGUUUCAAAGAUAAGAAGAAUGUGCCAGAACCUUUAUCAGAUGGACAGGUUUAUUAUGCUCCUCUCAAAGGCUGUAGUCCGGAUGAGAAUCCAUCAUCUAAACGAGCUAAGUCUCAAUCCAGAUCCCGUUCAAAAUCCCGUAAAAAUGAGGAUGAUGAUGAUGAUUGGGUACCAGGAGGGAAAUCUCGUGGACGGUCAAAAUCUCGCAGUAGGAAGACUGAUGAUGAGCAAACAACUGUGAGGCGUGGUCGUUCACAAUCUCGUAAAAGAGCUGCAGACAAGGCUGAAAAUGAUGAAAUCGAAGAAGUGAAAUCCAGAGGUAGAUCAAAAUCAAGAAGCCGUAAAAAUGAAAAAGAGGAAAUAACCGAAAAGACAAACAGGUCAAAGUCAACUUCAAAACCAGAAGAUAGCAAUGAGGAUUUUGAGGAAGAAGAAAAACAGUCAUUAAGUAAGCGUUGUCGGUCUAGAUCCAGAGGAAGAGUUUUGAAGGAUGAAACAAAAGGGGAAAAUCAUGAUAAAGAAGAAAUUGUUGAAAUCGAAAAUGAACAAGCAGAAAUUGUAACCAAGAGUAGAGAAAAGAUAGAAAACAGAAGUGGUAGAUCUAAAUCAAAACAGCCUGAGUCUGAAAAUGGAGAAGAAUUGCAUCUUAAAGAAGUUAGAAGGGGCAGAUCACGUUCAAGAGCCAGACAUAAAAUUGAGGAUAGUGGGUUAGAUGCUAAUAGAUCUAAAAGUGAAAAUGCUGAACAUACAGAUUUAGAAUUAUGUAAUUCCAGUGCUGGUCCUCGUAGAUCUGGAAGGUCCAAGUCACAGAUUAGGAAACCAAUUAAUGAUGAUGAUUCUGAUGUUGAUGAAAGUCCUGUCCUACAGAGAAAAUCCCGGUCAAGAUCUAUGAGAAGUAGAAAAACAUUUGAAAUAAAAAAUGAUGAAUUGGACAAUGAACUGGAAGGAAAAGGUGAAAAACUGGCUGGCUUGGAAAAAAGUGAAGAUGCUAGUAUUAUUGUUGUUUUAGAUUCAGAUAAAAGUGAUGAAAGUAGUAAUAAAGAAAAUAGUGAACAUUUUAGGAAAGCUUCAUGUGAUGAACUAGAGGCUAAGAUUGUGGAAACUGAAUCAGACUCUGAGAAAGUAGAAAAAAUUGAACAUCGUAGGUCUCGCAGACAUGUCAAGUCUAUAUGUCAUGAUAAUGAUGAUGAUGAUGAUGACAAUAGCCCUAAGAAAAACAGUGAAAGUAAAUCUAAAAAUAAAAAAUCAGAGAAUAAGAGAAUUAAAGAAGAUAAUAUAGAGGAGAAAAUUGGAAGACAUCUUGAUUUCAUCAACAAGAGAAGAGGCAAGGCUUUAAAAAUCACAGAUGAUGAGGAUUGUGAAAAUAAGGAAGUUGGCACUGGGGAUAAAAUAGAAAAGUCGAUCUCAAACUGUUUAAAUGAUGUUGAAAUCAUUCCUGAAUCUCCUCUUGUAAUUAAAAAACCUGAAGAAAAAAAAUCAACAAAAUCUACAAAGAAGUCUACAAAGAAAAGGAAAGCUGCCGAGCCAGAAAAGACUGGAAAAUCAAGGAUGAACAUAGCAGAUAAGUUAGACAAUGAAGAAAUUGAGAAGUCAAGUGUAACACCAGCAGCAUUACCAGAAACAGUGAAAAAGAGUUCCAAAACGUCGGGGAGGAGUACAAAGAAAGCUAAAGUUGAACGUUUACCAGAACAAACACCUGUUCUUAAAGAAGACAAAUCAAAAAGCCAGCCCAGCGCAAUAGCACUGUUAAAAAAACGUCUGACUAUGGUUGGGAACAAGCACCUUGUCAAAGAAGAUUCAAACACUGAGGUCAGAAAGAGGUCACAAGCUGAGUUAGAUGGACAUAAUGACGGAUGUGAGUCACCAGAGAAACGUAGCAGACGUAACAAGAACCCAGUCAGUUACGUCACAAAACCUCUAAAUGUGAAAUUAAGACAAGGUGAUGACAUGUUUCAAGAUACAGGGACAGCAAUGUCUAAAGUGAAAGCUGAGCAGAGUCGACUCCUGAUUGCGAAGAAAACGUCCGUUCCCAAAGUUAGUGUUGAUGACAAGGAAAAUGUCAUGCAGACUUGGGCAGCUACGUGACUGUAGUAACUGUUGUAAUAUACUGAAGUUGUAUAGGAACAUUUACUUUGCAUAGAUUCUGUGAAUAGACACGUGGGAAAGUGUACUGUAAAACAGUGAAAAUUUAUGUACAUACAAAUGUUAUAUAAAUAAACAAGACUACACAUGUUUUAUAGUCUUGUGAAAGAAGUUUAAACCUCUGUAUGAAGUAUGAAACCUCUUUGAUUAUUUAUAGUUGAGCAUUGAUCAUAUACAGUCAAUAGAGAAACAAUGAAAAUUACCAACAAAAAAAAUGGCUAACGUCCUGACCUUUUUAAACAGUGCAUUUAUAUGUAAGAACUUUUUUUUUUCAUUUCCUUACAAAGAAAUUUGUUAUUGAUGUAGAAUCAUAGCUGGUAGUGAAUAAGUGCAUGGUAUGAAAUUAUACCCAUUGUUGUUGUAUUAAUUAUAAAUAAUUUUGACAAGUUAUUUGAGCCAGUAAGAAUGAUUUGUGAGAUUAUACGAGCUGCUAGACAAGGGUUACAUUUCAUACAACCGUUUAUACAUGAUCAUAUCACAUGGCCCCCAAAAAAAAUAUAUGGCACAAUUUUUUUUAUUUUAAUGAAAGUUACUCCAUAAAUUCACAGCAUACAUGUAUGUAUAAGAUUUUAUUAACCCAAGCUCAAGAAAUUAUUUUAAGCAGGUCUCUGGCAAGCUUGUUUGAUAUUUUCUUGGACAAAUUUAAUAACAUUUUAUGUUAUAUCAUAUAAUAUGACUUGUGUUAGACUCUAUCAUCACAUAACUUAACACAUUGUAAUGAAUGAAAAUAAAUUUGUUUUGAGCUUUUUAUGCCUGUGUCAUACAAAGAAAUACAUAAUGGUUAUAUAACAUGUAAAAAAGCUGUUUUAUGUGAUACAUAGAUUAUAUAAAAGUCACGAUUAUACAAUGAUAAUUUAUGUUACAAUUGUGCAGUAUUAGAAGAUAAUGAUUUUUAAUUUUACAGUCACUUUUGUUUUUAUUCUGACAACGAAGAUGACAAAUCAGUAAAUUGUAUGAGAAUAUACUAGUUAUAUAGUUCAAGGAAGUUAUAGUACAAAUUUAUAACAGAUUUGUAAAAUUAUUUUUAUUUUUUUAAUUUGUGUGGUGAUUAGCAUUAUAGUAGGGGUGUUUUAUUUGUUUUUAAGUACAAAUUGUUCAUAGUAAGGUUACUAAGUGGUUGUAGAAUUGAGUCCUAUGAGGGUGACAGCCAUGUUUCUUCAAAUGUACUUGUUAGUUCUUGUAACCAGUCUUGAGUAUGGUCCAGAUAACCUGUUAGCUUUAGUCUCAGUUUAACUUAUAUAAAUAUGUUUAAACAAAAACUGAUCAUACAUGUAUGAAAGCCACAUGAUAGUUUUCAAAUAGAAAUGUUGUAUAUACAGGUGUAUAUGAUCACAUUGCUUUAUUGAAUCAAAAGGUCAGAAAAAAUAAGUAUAUGUAUUAUAUGAAUUCCUUUUUCUGUAUAGAUUUUAACAAAUUAUACAUUAUAAUUGUAAUGUUUUAUCUGUUAAGGUUUGUAAAACAUGACUGUAGAUACUGCAGUAGAAGAAAAACUAUUGUGUACAUGAUUAGAUGCUUGUAGUGUAUUUAUUUGUAUGAAAAUAUGUCUAUAGAAUAAAUCAUUUAGUUUA